UCUUAAAGAGAACUCUCGCCCUCUUCUACAGAUGGCCAAACAUCAUGCCAAAGGGCGCCCGAAUACGCCAACCUGGAUGGCUUCUGCAUCAUCAGAGACGUGGAGACCUGCAACGGCACCGAUUAUCAUAUUGGCUGCAUCGGCACGAACUGUUCCCUCUGCGUCCGAGACACCUCCAUCUGUCUGGAGAAGCCAGUCUGCACGAAUGCUAACGGAGACUGCGUUAAGGACCUGGCAGCAUGCGAUAGACUCAUCAAUCAGCAACAUUGCCACGGGGAUGGAUGCGCUUGUUGCAAGGAUGGAUGCCAGCGUCAGCCAGCGUGCAGGACAGCGGGAGGCUACUGCUUGCUCAUGAAUCAGACUCAACUGUGCACCGGAACCCAGUUCAACCUCGGGUGUCUCGGCACUGACUGCUUCUGCUGCGUUCCAGAUACGAGCAUAUGUAUAGAGAAAAAUGGUUGCUUAGAGCGUAACGGAUACUGCCUGAAAGAGCGACGUUGGUCUACCUGUGACAAGGAGGUAGAUUCCUACUUCUGCCUGGGUGACAAUUGUGCUUGCUGUAGAGAGACUGAAUGUGUUCGUUCCAAUAAGUGCCGCAGUAUGGGAGGCUACUGUUACCGAAAGAAGUCAGAUCCUUCGAAGCAACACAUCUGCAAUGGUUCAACGAUUUCCGGUUGCUGUGGAGGCGUUGAUUGCAUGUGCUGCGUUCCGAAUUCAGGAAAGUAAGAAGCAGCAUGUGCGUGCUACUCUACUGCUUACCCUGAUGGGGAGCUUCCUAUGCAAGAGAGAAGUCAUCGUGUAUAUUUCACUUUACUUGUGACGUUCAUUGGAUUUUUUGUUAACUUCUUCUAAGACAUGCUCCCGUCGCUGUUACUGAAGAGUCGCAUGAUUGGUGCUAUCUCAAAAUUUGUAAUUGCUUCGACACUAAGUUACUGAAAUUCGCCUCAAAAUACAUUUCCCUUUGGCUUCCA